GGUGUUACAUUGAACACCUUGAGAAGGUUGGAGGAUGGCAUACACAACGGCACCACGGGAUCCACCACCACAAUCUCAAGGUUUUAGGUCUAUAUCACCCCGACCAGGAUACCCGAUCCAACACCCGACCCAGAUCCAGAUACCAUCCCAGUUAAGAUAUCCUCACCCUCACCAGCAACAUCGCCCACCACCGACAUCUUUCCCUAACCCCACUCCAAUCCGACGCCCCCUUCCAACCCCAAAGUCACGUCCAGAAUCCCUCAAGUCACGUCCAGAAUCCCUCCCCCCGCCUGCACGUGCCGCUCAGACCCCGGCCCCGUCACGUCCGGCACCUAUUCCAGCCCCGGCCCCUUCACGUCCUGUCAUCCUAGCACAUGCUGCAUCCCUCGAGAGCACCCACAUUAAUAAUCAUCAUACCAGACGUCCUCUUCCUAAUCCAGGUGCUAAAUCAACUAAACAUGCAAGCUUGGAUCUUCGUGCUCAGUUGGAAAAUAAUAUUCCAACAGAACCAGAUCUAAAUAGUGCCGUAAGCUCCCAAACCAGCUCAUCUGGUUUCUCCCCCUUUUCUGCUGCAAGUGGUGCUUCAAGCUUUUCUAGUUCGACAGCCCUUUCAUCUAGCGUGGAACAAUCAUUUGCUUCCCCAAAUCAACCCCCAUCAUCAGCCUACUCGAAUUCACCUCCUGCAACCUUUCACAAUACACCACUCCAUAGUUUCACCAGCCCUGUCCCAGCAUCUAGCUACCCCAAUGCCGCUCCACAUAUAGAUGUGCGGGCUCUUCCACUCUCUUCUGCACCGGCCAAAUUUACCCCUCACUGGAAACGUGACCUACCCGGACCUGGGCCAUCACCACAGCCAGAUGAGUCGUCCUCACGCGUGGGUCCAUUUAUGGAACGCAGGAGCACUGUAUCUGGCUCGGCUAUUCCAUCAAAUUUUGGUAAUAAUGGGUUUCCCCAUCCUGCGACUUCAACCAACUAUUCCUCUACCCGUCCAGUAAGCCCAGAGCGUAAUCCCACAAGUGUCAUAGAUCGUGCCCAGACAGUCAUUCAUCGCGCUCAAACACAAACAUCGUCCGGUCGCCGUCCUUUACCAUCCAUCGGUAAUAGGUCCCCACCUGUACCCCCACUUCCAGGUCCGUCUUCUAAUCAUUGAACACAUCACAGUCAGAGUCAAGG